AUGACUUGGUACAGAAACCUCCCUCCAAACUCCAUCCACUUCUGGCCAGAGCUUAAAAAACUCUUCUCCAACCACUUCACAAUCUCUCGCCGACAACCGAAGUCGGAGGCCACCCUCAAGGCCAUAAUCCAAGGAGCCAACGAGCCUCUCCGAGAGUACCUCGAUAGGUUCAACAAAGAGGCCCUCCAGGUGCAGACAACGGAUCAGAUGAAGAGAUACCUUCUCGAACGAGGACUCCUCCCCGAAAGCGAUUUCAAAAAGGCCAUCGGAAUCGAAAAAGUAUACACCAUGGACGCCCUCCUCCUCAAAGCCCAAGCCUACAUUGCCUACGAGGAAGGCGAAGCAGCUGCGAAAAAGAGCUCGAGAAGCCACAAAGCUACCCGCAGCUCGAGUCAAGACUAUUCCCUUCCCCGCCGAGGCAACGAAAAGAAAAAGGAAGACAGGCCCCGCGACACAAAGGACCAAAGGGGACCAGGUGGUCAUUUCACCGAUUACACCUCGUUGAACGCUUCACGCGAGCGCAUUCUUACCGAGUGCAAGAGCACCAAAUUCAAAAACUCCAAUGUUCGGCCCCCGAAACCAAAUCCCACCAGGCUGGGGACUGACAAGUCCAAAUAUUGCAAGUACCACAAGAGCCACGGGCAUCUGACCGAAGAAUGUAUCCACCUCAAAGAUGCCAUCGAGACCUUGAGAAAAGAAGGCCACCUCUCUAAAUACACAAAGAAGGGAGAGAUCUCCCGACAGGAAAACUAA